AUGGCCGCGAGAGUUAUCCGUGCACCGGAGAGUUUUUUCGAGCCUCCGGAAAGGUACAGCGUCCCUUCCUCCUCGGCAAUUCACUAUCAGCGUUCGACGGAAUUUCCUGACGGCGAUUACCACCCCGCUGCGCAUCCCGCCGCGAAUCCCGCAGAUGCGCACUGUAGCUCGGCGGCUCAGCCUCGUUUUAUCGCACCGCCUCUCGACGCUAGCUGCUUUCAAUCUCCGACGUUCGAUUGGUCUCUGUCAACUUUUGACGGAUCUCCGUCGGCCCUUGACGAUUAUUCGUUCGAAGCCGAGAAUCUAGCCAUUGAGGCAUUCCAAAGCUCAUCUCCGCACUCGUUGUUACCAAGUUACGCCAGCCACGACUUCGCCGAGCGCGACGCUGACGGGUUCGCGGAUCCUGCGCGCCACCGCUAUCCCUCCGCGGCGUCGUGGAGCGGCGGAAACUUCAACGCGGCUCCGUUUCUGCAGAAUCCUUCCGCCAACCGCCGCGCCCACCGCGCCUCCCGCGGCUUCUGCGUCUCCCGCAUCUCCCGCGCAUCCCCCCGCGGCUCUUGCGUCGUUCCCCGUGCUUCCCCCUUUGGCUCUUGCGUCGUUCCCGGCUCCUCCGCCAGCGAUUGUGCGACGGUAACGACACACUUCGGCGACACUGUCGCAUGGCGCCGGGACGGUUGCGUCGCCGCCCCCAGCCCAACCCCGGCGGUUUCCGCGGCGGCGUGUGCGCGCGGGAUGAUCGUACAAGCGGCGGGCGCGCGGCGGCGUCCCGCCAUCGGCAUCAAAAAGCUCCGCGAGUUGGAGGCCGCGAAGCAGAGAACCGCCAAUCAAGCGGCGGCGUCCGCGGAUGCGCAGGCGCACGCGCCGGCGCACGCGCAGGUGGCGGCAGCGGCGGAAGCAAAUGCGGUGGCUGUGGCGCAGGCGGAGGCGGUGGCGGAGGCAACUGUGGGGACUGCGGCAGAGGAGGUGCCGCAGCUGCGCGCGACGCGCACCGUUCGACGGCCGUUACAAGCGGCGAGGAGCAACUCCACGCCGCCGGAAGUGACGGAAAUGGCGGCGAUCGCGGCAAACGAAAGGGGGAGGACGCACUGUGGCGCGGAAGCAGAGCGUGCAGGCGACGCCCCGGGGGAGGCCGAAGAGGUCGGGGGAACCGCGACGAUGAUGGCGACAACGACGUGCAUGGGCCACACGGGAAGCCGUUCCCGGACGAACCGGGAGGAGCGAGCCGCGAUUCUCGGGCUUGAUUCCACGUCAGCGCCUCCCGAGAUGGGCGAGUACGAUAAUCGCCGCGAUUCCCGGCUCAGCGCAUCGAACUGUCGCGGAGCCCCCGCAAUGUUCCCUCCUCCCGUCGCACGACGACGUCCGUCGCUCGAGUCGCUCGAGUCGCCACACCAAGCGAGCAGCUCCCGCUCUCCGAGUCAGUCGCCGUCGGUUCAGCACGCUCCCUCGCUUCAGUCACGCUAUAGUCUCCCUCCGUUACAGUCGCACCUGCACCGCCAUCGCAACUCGCAGUCGCGGUCCCGCUCUCCGUCCCCGUCGCCAUCCCCGUUACAAUCUAAUCGCGCAAGGUCCCCGUUCCAGGCACCACUACACCGUCAUUCGUCGCAGCCGUUCGCCGAACCGUUCGCGAAUUCGUCACCGCAGCGAUUUUCCGAGGACUGGUUACGUCCGAUUCGCUUGAAGAUCAGCAGCCUGGAUCGCACCAAUCUGCUGUGUCUUCUCACCGGCACAUGCGACGUGGCAGCCUCCCAACCGCAGCUUCGUCUCGCAUGA